AAAAGAUGUACAAGGGAUUGUUCGUGCUCUUAAGACUGAUUUUCCAGAACUACGAAUCAAGGAAUAUCACGGCAAAUCUGAUCCAGUAGAAAAGGCUCAUGAUUUUAGUAAUGUCGAAGAAGCAUGGAAAGAUGUAGACUAUUAUAUAGAAACGAAUGCUGAGACGAAUCAGAUGUUAUUCCGCAUGCGAUGCAUCAAAGACUAUAUAUGUCAUAUCGAACAAAGAUCGUCUAAUAUUCCUAUUACAGAGAAAGGAUUAUUCCAAUGGUUGUUGAAUGCCAAAUGA